AUGGAAGCACUCGUCGAGGAUGUCACAUUAAUCUUCGAGGAGUACCCGAUCUGCAGCAGCACCGACCUCGACCACAAGCUGCAGUCGGUGGAAUGCGCCAGCCUGUUUGUCACAGAUGAGAACAGAUUCAUCUUCAGCAAGGCUCAGGUUGGGCAAGAGGCUGAAGCUCAUUUCAAUAUUUACAACGCAAGCUGUCUGCCAUGCGAUGUGGUCCUCUCCAUCGAACCCCUGCCUGGAGAGGCAAAAAGCCCUAUCAACAACAUUUUCAAGUUACAUCCAGUCAAGAUGUCUGUUCCCGGCUCAUCCUGUGCCAUUGCUACGGUGACCUUCACCCCACCAGAGGAGCAGAACUACAACUGCACUUUCAAGGCUUCCCUUGUCAUCCCAAAUGGCUCUGUGGAAAUUAAACCCCAAAGCCUGACCUUCACCAUCAGCGGGAAGGGGCAUGAGCCACGGGUGACAGUCGUGUGCCCAAGCGCUCGCAGCAAGAGGGGAAACGCUGUGCUGCGCUUCAAGAGGCUCCGUCUGGGGGAUUCAGAGAUGCUGCCCCUGGUCAUCCGUAACGAUGGCAUCAUACCUGUCAAGUUUAUGUUACACCUGGAGGAUGAGCACAGAAUGUUCUCCUUGAAAGGCAGGGCCUCUGCUGUCAAGGUGUUCCACAAUGGAGAUGUGGAACAGGAUUCAGCUGGAAACGAGAGCAAGCCCACAAAGCCUUUCUUCCUUCUGAAUCGCGGCCAAUCGGCAGAGUUUGAUGCCAUUUUCAAACCCACCCUGGCUCAACGUGUGGAAAGGCAGAUUGGUGUGUUGGUGGUGGACACCUACUCUAACAAGACCGUAAUUGAACUGGUGGGUGAAGGCCACGAGGACGAAUUCACCCUCGAUGGAUUAGAGGAAGGCCCUGAGGAGAGGAAUGCUGAUGGCAGCCUGAAGGAAAACAUCACUGAUGCUGUCAGAGUGAAUCACAUUCAGUUUGGGGACUGUCACGUUGGGGAGCCCUACUGCAGGACCUUCACCAUCACCAGCCACGCCGAGAUGGUCAUGCGCUUUGAGUGGGAGGCAGAGGCCCCAUUCCGGUUCUCCCCCAAGGUGGGACACCUCCAUCCUGGCUGUGCCAAGGACAUCACAGUGACCCUGAUGUCAGAUGUCCCAGUCACCUUCAGGAGGCACCUUGUGAAAUGUAAGGUGACCAAGAUCAACUUUGAGUUGCCACAAAGGAAGGUUCAGGACUGGGAUGACCAAAUGACCAUUGUCAUCUGGAAGAAUUCCACCAGGAAAGACCCAGCAGCCAGGUGGCCUAAAAUACAGAAGGUGGUCAAGACAGCCCCAGAACCAGCUCACACUGUGGUGGAGAAGAGCAGGCAGGAGGUCGAGGUGUACCUCAGUGCCAUUGUUGCCUACGCCCAGUUCCACCUGGACACGAUCAUGGUUCAGUUCAACAACACCUUGCCCUCCCAGACAAGGACAGCCACUUUCACGAUGCACAACACAGGGGAGGCAGCCCUGAAAUACUCCUGGGAGAAAGCUGCAGAGACUGAACCAGUGAAGGAGCCAUAUUCAACUACUCUGAUGCGUCGGUUCCUCACCUACGAUACCAUGAAGCAUCGCAGAAAGCUGCUGAGUCUUUUCUGGUGGGAGCAGGACCAUCUUCCUGAGACGCCUCCUAAAGUGCGGCAGCUGCAGCAGCCUGCCAAGCAGCAGCAGGAUUCCGAGCAGCAGGAGGAGCAGCCAGAGCAGCAGCAGCAGGAGCAGCAGGAGCACUCCAAGAAGCUGCGCCGCUCAAAAGAAAAGAACCUGUCUCCAAAGCGUGCCAACUCCUCCCUGGAUGUCUUCACUGAUGCCAUGCAUGACCUGUUCUCCAUCAGCCCCUACGAUGGCACCAUCCCUUCUGGCCAGAAGCAGACCUUUCACCUGCAGUUCAAGCCAAAGUGCACCGGGAAUUUUAAGACCGCCCUGCUGUGCAGGAUUCCCAACCUGGAGCCGACUCAGAAGAUGGGGCAGGUGAUUGUGAAAGGCAGCGUCCAGGAGUGGAAGAAUCUCGAGGAACCAUUAGUGCAGAUGGAGGAAGGCCAGGGACCCAAGGAGGAGGUGCUCUGGAAACCACCACCCGAGGGACAGCAUUUGUGUGAGCUGGAGCAUCCUGCAGGAGCCGGCGACAUCGUGCCUUCUAAGGAUGAUCUCCCACUCCUCACCAGAGACGUCUGGAGCUGCCCUCCCAAGCUCCAAGAACAUCUUUAUCUUACAUUUUAGUCAGCUAAGUUAACCAACUAAUUGUUUAUUAGAUUGACAAGUUCUUGAUAAUUGUCAGUUCAUUGUUAAUAAACAAUUGUUAAUUGUUAAUUGUCA